AUGCGCAGCAGAAGCAGCAGCAGCAGCAGCAGCAGUAGCAGCAGUAACAGCAGCAGCAGCAGUAGUAGCAGCAGUAGCAGCAGCAGUAACAGCAGUAACAGCAGCAGCAACAGUGGGUCCCACCAAGUUCCCAGUGGCGGCGACGUUGCGGUGACCAUGGCGAAGUCGGCGGACGUCGUCGUCGUCGCCGCGGCCGGCGGCGAACACCGCUGCCUGUUCUGCGGCCGCUGCCACCGCUUCGCGUCGGACCUUCGCCGUCACGCGCGCACGCACACGGGGGAGCGCCCCCACGCAUGCGCCGCGUGCGGGAAGGCCUUCCGCGAGACGAAUCAGCUGACGCGUCACGCGCGCACGCACGACGACGCGCGCCCGCACGCGUGCGACGCCUGCGGCGCACGCUUCCGCGAGUCGCAGUCGCUGAGGCGCCACCUGCUGGGGCACGCGGGCGCGCGCCCGCACGAGUGCGCGGCGUGCGGCGCGCGGUUUCGCCAGAGGGCGCACCUGAAGGAUCACGACGCGAGGACGCACGCGGGAGGCGGCCGCGCGCACGCCUGCCACCUAUGCGCCGCUGCGUUCGCCUCCCCGCAGAAGCUGAGGGCGCAUCUCCGGCGGAGGCACGGCGACGGUUGCCACGGCAACGCGGACACCGAGCGACGCGCCGGCGCCACCUGCCGGCUCGGACCAGCAGACGCCGCGGACGGUGAGCUCUGCCAGGGGGCGUGUCGCUGCGACGUCUGCGGAGCGACGUACGGAAACCUGACGCAGUUGGAGACGCACAUGCAGUGUCACGUGGCGCCCCCGCCGCCAACACCGGCGCCCCCGCAUUACCUCGCACUCGACCCCCGGAUGACCCUAAUCAGUUACAAUGCACAGGUCAAUUCGGCGUUCGCUCACUUCAAGUUUACUUGAUCGCUUUCGGAGCGUCGGAAGCGGACGUGAAAUAUCGCAAGGCCCUCGGUGUUAUUUUACACGAUGUUGGUAAUUGGUUGGUUGGCGAUCGCUUGUUGGAUGCUUUUUUUUAUUACAUUAUACAAUGGUUUAUUCUCUCUUUAUUAUUA